AUUAAAAUCCUAACGUUUUCGUUCGUACUUCCUAUGAUUUUCCGGAAUCCGAUUGUAAAUUUUUGUAUAAACAAAAUAACAUAUUAUUAUUUGUUUUCAAAAUUCUUAACUGGAUUGUAUUUAAUUUAAGUAUUUACUACUUUAAACAUUUCCAUCAUGUCGUACAAAGUUCCUCAAAAAGUCCAAAAGGUUAUGGUGCAACCCAUCAACCUCAUCUUUAGACAUUUACAAAAUCGUGCCAAAGUACAAGUAUGGUUACAAGAAAAGAUUCACUUAAGGAUUGAGGGCCAUAUUGUUGGGUUUGAUGAAUAUAUGAAUUUAGUUUUGGACGAAGCAUGUGAAGUCAAUACUAAAGUCGAUUCACGAAAACCUGUUGGCCGAAUAUUAUUAAAAGGAGAAAAUAUUACACUAAUACAAAAUAUGACUCCUUCCAUUGGUUAGGUAUACUCUAAUGUUUGUAUACUUUGAAUUUCCUUAUAUAAAUUUGUAAUUAAGUCUAUUGAUAAUAUCAGCAUUAUGGUAUUAUUAUUAAACAAUUUUCUAAGUAAUUAUAAAGUGUGUAUAUAUAGAUUUAAAACAAUAUUGUUACAGAACUAAAUUUUUGGUUUUAACUCAUUCUUUACUUUAUACUUCUGAACAUACUGAGUAAUUAUGUUCUCUAGACACAGUGGUUACAACCCGGAAAAUAAUUUUGAAAAUUAUAUAAUUUCAUGUGGUUUUUAUUGCAAAUAAUUAAAAUUACAGUUUGAUUAUAAAAUAUAUGAAAUAAAAUAUUUUAUUCAUUUAA